AGACCAGGGUGAAAUUGAACUACCUGGACCAGAUUGCAAAGUUCUGGGAGAUCCAAGGCUCCUCACUGAAAAUCCCCAACGUGGAGAGGCGAAUUCUUGAUUUGUACAGCCUGAGCAAAAUCGUGAUGGAGGAAGGUGGAUAUGAAGCCAUCUGCAAGGAUCGCCGGUGGGCCCGAGUUGCCCAACGCCUUUCCUAUCCAUCGGGAAAGAACAUUGGCUCUCUUCUCCGCUCCCACUACGAGCGCAUAAUUUAUCCUUAUGAAAUGUACCAGUCGGGGGCCAACCUGGUGCAGUGCAACACCCAUCCCUUUGACAACGAGGAGAAGGACAAGGAGUAUAAGCCGCACAGCAUCCCGUUGCGGCAAUCGGUGCAGCCCUCAAAGUUCAACAGCUACGGGCGCCGGGCCAAGCGUCUGCAGCAGGAGGAAUCCGAAUCGUGCCCCGAAUCAGUCAGCGCCCCAGCUCUGGUACCCGAGCAAGCGCCUCGAGCAUGGCCAGAGCCGACGGAAGAAGACAUCGAGAAGAACCCGGAGCUGAAGAAACUGCAGAUCUACGGUGCUGGCCCCAAAAUGAUGGGCUUGGGGCUUGUGGCCAAAGACAAAAACAUGCGCAAAAAAGACAAGGAGAUCCCGGAGUGUCCUCCUACCGUGAUAGUGAAAGAGGAGGCCCCUGUUCCCGAGACCAAGCUGGAGCCCGCCUCUCCCCGUAGCUAUGCAAAUAUAAAAGAGGAGCUCAGGCACAGUCCGGAGCCUUGCACCAAGAUGACUAUGCGUCUGCGUCGCAACCACAACACUCAGUUUAUUGAGUCUUACGUUUGCCGGAUCUGCGCACGGGGGGAUGAGGACGACAAGCUGCUGCUGUGUGACGGUUGUGACGACAACUACCACAUCUUCUGCCUCUUGCCGCCCUUGCCCGAGAUCCCCAAAGGAGUCUGGAGGUGCCCCAAAUGUGUCAUGGCGGAAUGCAAGCGGCCCCCAGAGGCCUUUGGCUUUGAGCAGGCCACUCGGGAGUACACGCUGCAGAGCUUCGGGGAGAUGGCCGAUUCCUUCAAGGCUGACUACUUCAACAUGCCUGUACAUAUGGUGCCAACAGAGUUUGUGGAAAAGGAGUUCUGGCGCUUAGUGAACAGCAUCGAGGAGGACGUGACAGUGGAGUACGGGGCUGAUAUCCACUCCAAGGAGUUCGGAAGCGGCUUCCCCAUCAACGACGGCAAGAGGAAGCUCUCCCCUGAGGAGGAGGAAUACGCUGCCAGCGGCUGGAACCUCAACGUGAUGCCGGUCCUGAAGCAGUCAGUGCUGUGCCACAUCAACGCCGACAUCUCAGGCAUGAAGGUCCCGUGGCUCUACGUGGGCAUGGUUUUCUCCGCUUUCUGCUGGCACAUCGAAGAUCACUGGAGUUACUCCAUUAACUACCUCCACUGGGGUGAGCCCAAGACCUGGUACGGGGUCCCAUCCUUUGCAGCCGAACAUCUGGAAGAAGUCAUGAAGAAACUAACCCCAGAGCUGUUUGAGAGCCAGCCGGACCUGUUGCACCAGCUGGUGACGCUCAUGAACCCCAACACCCUCAUGGCUCAUGGAGUCCCAGUGGUCCGCACCAAUCAGUGUGCCGGAGAGUUUGUCAUUACCUUCCCGAGAGCUUACCACAGUGGUUUCAACCAGGGCUACAACUUUGCGGAAGCCGUCAACUUCUGCACUGCUGACUGGUUGCCAGCUGGUCGCCAGUGCAUCGAACACUACCGGCGUCUCCGCCGCUACUGCGUCUUCUCGCAUGAGGAGCUUAUCUGCAAGAUGGCCGCCUGUCCUGAGAAGCUCGACCUGAACUUGGCAGCUGCUGUGCAUAAAGAGAUGUUCAUCUUGGUGCAAGAGGAGCGCAAACUGCGCAAGGCUCUCCUCGACAAGGGUAUCACGGAGGCGGAGCGGGAGGCCUUCGAGCUGCUCCCAGAUGACGAGCGGCAGUGCGACAAAUGCAAGACCACCUGCUUCCUCUCUGCCCUGGCCUGCUACGACUGCCCGGAUUGCCUCGUCUGCCUCUACCACAUCGACGACCUGUGCAAGUGCCCCAGCAGCCGGCAGUACCUCAGGUAUCGGUACACCCUGGACGAGCUCCCCACCAUGUUACACAAGUUGAAAGUCCGAGCAGAGUGCUUCGAUACCUGGGCUAACAAGGUUCGGAUUGCUCUGGAAGUUGAAGACGGACGCAAGAGAACGUUGGAGGAGCUGCGGGCCUUGGAGUCGGAGGCGCGGGAGAGGAAGUUCCCCGAGAACGAGCUGCUUCACCGGCUCAAGAGCUGCUUGAGCGAAGCUGAGAAGUGUGUCUCGGAGGCCCUUGGUCUGUUAAGCAGUCAAGAAACGGGGGAAGCAGCAGUCCAUAUGACAGUGGAGGAGUUGCGUUCCUUCCUGGAGCAAAUGAGCAACUUGCCCUGCGUCAUGCACCAGAUCAAGGAAGUCCAGGGCGUGCUGGAGAAAGUGGAGGCCUUCCAAGCAGACGUCCAGGAGGCCCUGCAGGACCUCCCCGCCAACUCCCCGGAGCUUCACAAACUGCUGGCCCGGGGGACAAGGCUCGGGGUGGAGGUGCCCGAGAUGGAGCUGCUGGAGCGGCAGGUGCAGCAGGCCGUCUGGCUGGAGGAGGUGAAGCAGACUCUGCGCUCCCCCCGGGAGAAAGUCACCCUCUCUGUGAUGAGGGCGCUCAUCACCUCCGGCCGCGGGGUGGCCCCCAGCCCGGCCGUGGACAAGGCCAUGGCCGAGCUGCAGGAGCUGCUGACCAUCGCUGAGCGCUGGGAGGAGAAGGCGCAGAUGUGCCUGGAGGCCAGGCAAAAGCACCCGCCCGCCACCCUGGAGGCCAUAAUCAAGGAAGCCGAAAACAUCCCGGUGCACCUGCCCAACAUCCUGUCCCUCAAGGAGGCGCUGUUUAAAGCACAGGCUUGGAUUGCUGAUGUGGAAGAGAUCCAGAACGGGGACCACUAUCCCUGCCUGGAUGACCUGGAGGGGCUCGUGGCAGUGGGCAGGGACUUGCCGGUCCGGCUGGAGGAGCUGCGUCACCUCGAGGUCCAAGUGGCCACCGCCCACUCCUGGCGGGAGAAGGCCUCCAAGACUUUCCUCAAGAAGAACUCCUGCUACAUGUUGCUCGAGGUGCUGUGUCCGUGUGCCGACGCCGACUCAGACAGCGUCAAACGCACCAAGUGGCAGCGGGAGAAGGAACCGGGCCUGUACAAAUCCGACACGGAGAGCCUGGGCCUCUCAGCGCAAGACCUCAGGGAUCCUGGCUCUGUUAUCCUGGCCUUCAAAGAGGGCGAGCAGAAGGAGAAAGCGGGCAUCCUCUGCCUUCGCCAGUCCAACGCUCAGAAGCCCGUGCCAUCGGCUCACAGUCCUCCUGGGGGGCAGUACUGUGUGUGUUUGCAGCCCCCCAGCCCUGCCAUGCUGCAGUGUGAACUGUGUCAGGACUGGUUCCACACCACCUGUGUGGCUUGGCCCCGCCUGGGCACCCCCCGCCCCUCUCCCGCCUGGUGGGAAUGGGAAGCGAAGUUCCUCUGCCCGCUGUGCCAGCGCUCCCGCCGGCCCCGCCUGGAGACCAUCCUGGCGCUGCUGGUGGCCCUGCAGAAGCUGCCCGUCCGGCUGCCAGAGGGAGAAGCCUUGCAGUGCCUGACAGAGCGAGCCAUUACGUGGCAGGAUCGGGCCCGCCAGCUCCUCGCCUCUUCGGAAGUAGCGGCCGCCCUGGAGCGUUUGGCCGGGCUACGGCAGCGGCUGCUCGGGGACUCGUCCAAGGAGGCCGGAGCGCUCAAAGAGAGUAGCUGCAACGAACAGACCAAGGUUUCCUUGGAGAACGGGGACUCUGCAGCACCGGAGAAGAACAGCUCCUGUGCCUCAGAACUGGAGACUCUCUGCUCGUACCUGUCGCGGGCGCAGGGCCCCGUGCUGGAGCUGUCGGAGGCAACUCGUCUCUCCCUGGAGGAGCUGCUAAUGGAAGGGGACCUUCUGGAGGUGACGCUGGACGAGAGCCAGAGCAUGUGGCGCCUGCUGCAGGCUGCCUGCGCCCCCCACCUCGAUAAAUUCCGCCAGCUGCUCGAUCUGGAGCAAGCGGAACGAAGUGCCACCCGUGCGCGAGGCCGGGACGCAGAGCGGCGGCGGAAGCGCAAGACGGAUCGAGGCGACUACCCGACCCUGCCCAAGGAGGAACUAGAGCCAAAGAAGAUCCGGGGGGCAGACCCAGCGCUGCCCCAGGGCGGGGCUCCCCCUACAGCAGGCACAGAUUGCAGCCACAAUGGAGUUGGGUAGUUGUGACAGCUGGA